AUGUAUGUAUGUAUCUAUCUAUCUAUCUAUCCUAGUUUGCUCGUAUCUAUCUCUCCUUAUUUCUCUAUCUAUCUAACCUCUCUACUCAUAUCUAUCUAUCUAUCUAUACUAUCUGCCUGUAUCUAUCUAUCUAUCAAUCUAUCUAUCUAUCCUAGAUUGCUCGUAUCUAUCACUUCCUAUCUAUCUAUCCAAACUAGUCUGCUCGUAUCUAUCUAUCUAUCUAUCUAUCUAUCUAUCCAAACUAGUCUGCUCGUAUCUAUCUAUCUAUCUAUCUAUCUAUCCAAACUAGUCUAUUUAUCUAUCUAUCUAUCUAUCUAUCUAUCUAUUUAUCUAUUCAUCAAACUAUCUAUCGUAUCUAUCUAUCUAUCUAUCUAUCUAUCUAUUUAUCUAUCUAUCCAAACUAGUCUGCUCGUAUCUAUCUAUCUAUCUAUCUAUCUAUCUAUUUAUCUAUCUAUCCAAACUAGUCUGCUCGUAUCUAUCUAUCUAUCUAUCUAUCUAUCUAUCCAAACUAUCUGCUCGUAUCUAUCUAUCUAUCUAUCUAUCCAAACUAGUCUGCUCGUAUCUAUCUAUCUAUCUAUCUAUCUAUCUAUCUAUCUAUCCAGACUAGUCUGCCCAUAUCUAUCUAUCUAUCGUAGUCUGCUCGUGUCUAUCUCCCUACAUAAGUAUCCUAGCCUGCUUCUCUCUCUCUCUCUCUCACCUUAUUUAUCUCUCUAUCCAGCUAGCUAUCCUAGUUUACCAAUAUCUAUCUUUCGAUCUAUAUAUCCAUCAUCCAUCAUAGUAUACUCGUAUCUAUCUAUCUAA